UGCAAAUAAUUAAUUUUAUUCAUACUCAUUAUUUCUCAAAUCAAGAACUAGUUUAACUAACACCAGCAAAUUACAAGCCUAUCCCCCAAUUUAUAGCAAUUUCUCAAGCAAACAAAAAAGAUCCACCCAAUUUAGCAGCAUCAUCCAAUAAAAUUCUUCAAUUCAGGGAUGAGGUCGUGCAAACAAAAGCAAGAAAAGAAAGAAUAGGAGCAAAAGAACCAACAAAUAAAAUGGGUUAUAUAUACUUAGGGGCCCUUCAAAACAAGAGAAGAAAAAAACAAUUCAAUUACACAUAAAUAUUUACAAACAACACGAGAAUAUAACUGAAUAUAUACCCCAGUUCCCAAAUCGAUCAACUAUUGUCCAUAUUUUAAUUUCUGGAAAUGAACUCGCCGGAGAUACUCCAAGCGAGGCGUAGUGUCAUCAAGGGGUAUCCAACAUCCGAGCGAGGCGGUAGCUGCAGGUCAGACGGCGACUUGUGGCAGCAACAACGGCUCCAGGCGGCGGCAGCAGGCGGCUGCUUCAGCGGCGGUGACAUCGGGCGACCGCUGUCGGAGCGACGUGGCGGGGCGGCUCUGGAUCGAGAGAAGCAGCGACAGCAGCGUCGCGUAUGUGUGUGUGCGCUUGAUUGGAAAAAAUACAAAAAAUGAAGACGAACGUACCUUGAUCGGAAACGAAGAACGGAAUCACAGCGGGGAAGAGACAAAUCGAAGAAGAACUUGAGCGAGAGCAGAUUUUCAGUAGAUUUGAGUGAAGAAUCGAAGUAGUGGGGAGAAGAAUUGAAAGAGCCGAGACCGAGAGAGUGUUGAAACCGUGGAGAGAAAUUAGGGCAAAAAAAUGAGAGGAAAUGAAAAAUAAUUAGAAAAAAGCUUUUAUAUUUUGUACUACGGGUCGGGCCGGGUGUGAAUUCGGGUCGGGCAAACCCGCCUCAUGCGGUGAGGAAACACCAGCAGCCGCGGCCUCCGUCUCCUUUUGCCGCCUCGCCGUUUCACAGCCUAUAAGUCCGGCACCCCGCCGCCACCGCUGUAUCGUCAUCCAUUCCACCACCAACCGCCCUCUCCCCUGCCCUCGGUGAAACCUUGAAUAACUGGAAGGUUCGCGAACCUCGCAUAUUCGUUUCUUUACACAAGAAAGCGAACGGCCACUGUUCAAGCUUCCGUACGGUUAGCAAUAUGGUCUCCGGAUUAAUAAAUGCAAACCCUGUUGUGUAUGAAAAAAAGGAACGUCGAACGCGAAGUGCACCGGGUGAUGUGGAUGAAUAUACAAUUGAGACGAUUGACCAGCUUGAAAUUUUUGAGCAUAUCAGAGAUGUAAAAGAUCCAGAGCAUCCUUAUUCGUUGGAAGAGUUGAAAGUCAUAACGGAAGAUGCAAUUGAGGUCGAUGACAAGCGUAGCUACGUAAGGGUCACAUUUACUCCGACUGUAGAGCAUUGCAGCAUGGCGACAGUAAUUGGCCUAUGCUUGCGGGUCAAACUCAUGCGCUCUUUGCCACUACGUUACAAGGUGGAUAUUAGAGUAGCACCUGGUUCUCAUGCCUCUGAAGCUGCAGUAAACAAACAGCUGAAUGACAAAGAACGAGUGGCAGCAGCAUUGGAAAAUCCCAACCUCGUUGAUAUGGUCGAUGAAUGCCUUGCACCCUCAUAUGGAUAAAGAGUCAAUGAAUGCCUUGCACCCCCCCAUAUGGAUGAAGAGACAGGCCACGUAUAAACUUGUAAUCCUCUCAGUAUAGUAACUUUUGCAAUACUUAAUUUGUAUUUGGGAGAUUCAGUCAUUUUUUUUCUUCUGUACAUGUCAAAUGUAUUGAUUUAAUAACAUGAAUUAGACCCUUUUGUAGUUGGGGGGUUGGAUUCAGUUUUGACAGUAUUUGCAUGAGGCUGGCGUUUUAUGCCUUGAUAGAUAGUUUCAAAAAUUGUGGUUUCUGAUAUUGAAUUGCCUUCCAUUUCUAUUUA